AUGUCCUACGAAAUGUCCCACCUGGGCCCUCGGGCCUUCAACCACGACCAGAGCGGUGACGCCGAGCAGGAAUACGACCGGUUGCGCGCCCUCGCACGACAGGAAGCCUCCAAGCGUGGAGAAUGUUUCUCACGGUCCAAGGAUGCAUACUCCAGCGGCGACGGCGCACGCGCAAAACAAUUGUCGGAGGAGGGCAAGGCGCACGGUCGCAAGAUGGAGGAAUACAACAAGCAAGCGUCCGAGUUUAUCUUCCGCGAGAACAAUGCCAAUGGGCGUGUUGAGGCCGAUACGAUCGAUUUGCAUGGACAGUUUGUGGAGGAGGCGGAGGAGAUUUUGGAGGAGCGUAUUAGAUAUGCCAAGGCGCAUGGACAGAAUCAUCUUCAUGUGUACGUUGGACCAGACAACCCCCAGUCACCGCUGUUUCGCUAUUCCCGGGAGUCCAAUCCAUUCCAUCGUCGGCAAGGGCAACCACUCUGCCGGCCACGUCCAAAAAUCAAGCCACGCGUCGAACAAGUCUGCCAAGAACUCGGUCUGCAAUAUGCCACCGAGGAAAACGCCGGUCGGAUCUACGUGAACCUGACCGGCGGCGAGGCCGUCAUGCCCUCCUACCCCUCGCACGGACAGGCACCGUACCACGGUGGGGGUGGCCAGUCAUAUCCUGGUCAACAGCAACAGCCUCACCACCAGCAGCAACAACAGCACCACCAGCAACAGGGUCAGGGCCAGGGUCAGCAGGACGAGAUCGAGAAGGUUGUCAAUGCGUUGUUGCCGAAGGUUUUGCGCAAGUUGGAGAAGGCGUGUUGUGUUGUUAUGUAA